CAUUUAAUUCUUAAUAAUAUCCUCUAAAGUCCAUUUUUUUAAGUUUAGUGUACAGUUUCCUAUAGCAAGUAUUAUAUUCCGGUCUUGGUUCAAUAUCGAUUCAAACUAAACUGUUCAUAAUUUACUGCUUGCUCUUUUAUUAUGGCUUUAUAAGAUGUCUAUAAAUUAAUUAUCGGUUAUAAAUGUUAUGUUUGUGCGACUGUGUGUACAAUGUCUAGGCAGGUCACGUUAUAGUCACGUUGCAAGCGGCGUGGACUUAUUGACAACUUUGUUGUUUUCCAAAUUUACAAUUUAUUCUCUCAGACAUAGAGGAACCUAUUAUCUUAAAGUAUUUUAUGAACGACUAUUUUAUAGUUUUCAACUUUGCGUAGCAAAUAUUUUAAAGAUAAUUUAUAAAAAGAGUUAAAUCAGUGAUUUUAUCUUAUAAAAUAUUUAUUGUAGAAAGGAAUGAAUAUGAUAAUGAACUUGAUUAUUCUUUAGUGUUUUUUCAAUAAUUCGUGUUUGUGAGAAACAUGUUUAUAUUUAGUAAUUUCAUAUAAACCUGUAGUGUAAUCUUGUCGAAUUUAUUCAGCUUGUACACGCCAUGUGGUCAUAGCCAUGUCAGCUACCGCAGAGACGCUUCCAGCGUCCGGACCCCGACCACAUGCUCCGGAGGUUCCUCCACCUGCUGGAUCAGCACAGUCUCGCGCUGGCAAACAUACCGUGCAUUGGUUCCGUAAGGGUUUACGACUACACGACAAUCCUGCUCUAAGAGAAGGUCUCAAUGGUGCAAUCACGUUUCGAUGUGUUUUCAUAAUAGAUCCCUGGUUCGCCAGCUCUUCUAAUGUUGGCAUAAAUAAAUGGAGGUUUCUCCUACAGUGCCUGGAAGAUCUUGAUACUAGUUUAAGAAAGUUGAAUUCUCGUCUAUUUGUGGUUCGUGGACAGCCUGCAGAUGCAUUGCCAAAGUUAUUCAAAGAGUGGGGUACUACAGCCCUCACCUUUGAGGAAGAUCCUGAACCAUAUGGCCGUGUUCGUGACCAUAAUAUUAUGUCAAAAUGCCGGGAAGUCGGCAUUACAGUCGUAUCUCGUGUUUCGCAUACGCUGUAUAAGUUAGACAAAAUUAUCGAAAGAAAUGGUGGUAAAGCACCAUUGACAUAUCAUCAAUUUCAAGCUUUAAUAGCUAGUAUGCCUCCACCGCCACCUGCGGAGGCUACAAUUACCACACAAAUAUUAAAUGGUGCCACAACACCAGUGGCAGAUGAUCAUGAUGAUCGUUUUGGGGUGCCUACUCUUGAAGAACUUGGUUUUGAGACUGAAGGCCUUAAGUCUCCAGUGUGGCUGGGUGGCGAAAGUGAAGCGUUAGUUAGAUUAGAAAGACACCUGGAAAGAAAAGCUUGGGUAGCAUCAUUUGGGCGGCCUAAAAUGACACCGCAAUCAUUAUUAGCUAGUCAAACUGGCUUGUCGCCUUAUCUAAGGUUCGGAUGCUUGUCAACAAGACUGUUUUACUAUCAGUUAACAGAGUUAUAUAAAAGAGUAAAACAAGUACGACCUCCACUAUCACUACACGGUCAAAUUCUUUGGAGGGAGUUCUUUUAUUGUGCUGCUACUCGUAAUCCGAACUUUGAUCGUAUGGAGGGUAAUCCCAUAUGUGUUCAGAUACCUUGGGAAAAAAACAACGAAGCUCUUGCGAAAUGGGCAAGCGGUCAAACUGGAUUUCCAUGGAUUGAUGCAAUAAUGAUUCAAUUAAGAGAAGAAGGCUGGAUACAUCAUUUAGCACGACAUGCGGUUGCUUGUUUUCUUACCAGAGGUGACUUAUGGAUUUCGUGGGAAGAAGGUAUGAAGGUAUUUGAUGAAUUGCUACUUGACGCUGACUGGUCAGUUAAUGCAGGCAUGUGGAUGUGGCUGUCUUGUUCGUCAUUCUUUCAACAGUUUUUUCAUUGCUAUUGCCCUGUUCGAUUCGGACGGAAGACUGAUCCUAACGGAGAUUUCAUCAGGAGAUACAUUCCAGUAUUGAAAAACAUGCCAACUCGGUAUAUACAUGAGCCCUGGGUGGCGCCGGAGUCCGUACAGCAAGCGGCACGCUGCACCAUCGGCCGUGAUUACCCUUUGCCGAUAGUAAACCAUGAGAAAGUCUCGCAAAUAAACAUUGAGCGUAUCAAACUAGUUUAUUCACAGCUAGCAAAGUAUAAACCGCAAGCAACACUGAACUCUCAAGCACUACAAAGACCCAAUGUUAUGCAAUCAUCUCCUAGUCCGACUUCUAUAAUCACAAGUAUAAAUCAAUCAAAUUACUUGUGCAGUCAAACACCAGAUUCACAAACUGCUUCUCAAGUGUAUAAAGAAACUACAACCCAUGUAUUUCAACAACCCAACAAACAUGUUCCAAGACCUGAAUCUAAGCAACAACAGUUCAAACAAGUUAUUGUUCAACAAAAAUCCAGUGUUACUCCAGGACCCACCAUAAAGAGCCCUCAGCAGACUCCAGAAAACUAUAUAUUGAAUGGUCAGUUGGAUGCGACUUACAAAGCCAAUGAGAAGCCAGACACAUUACAGUCUACAAACACACAAGAAAAUUAUGACUUCAAAAAUCUCGCUAUAAAUAAUUAUAAUCAAAAUUAUUUCAAUCGAGAAAAUUUUCAAAGUGAACAAGUAAAUGGUGACGGAUACCCAGAAGCAUUAAAAAAUAGUAAUUAUGUUUAUGUCAAACCUAAAUUUUAUCUUACUUCCACUGAUAAUGGUGUAUUAAAUAAUGAUGCAACUCAAAAUUUUGCGCCUAUGGCACCUCCUCAAAACUACAUAAAAGAAGAAAAGCCUGCUACUGAAAAGCCGGAUGAUAACACGCGUUUAACUGUAAUUACCACAAAUUCCGAGAAAGUAUACGAAGAUGCAGUAGAAGAAACCAAUAAGUCUACAGACAAUAUUGCACCUUAAGCUCAUUUUCCUUAUUCUAAAAAACAUUAAGAAUAAUCAAUUAAUAACAAUAAUAAAUAAGUCUUGUAGUUUUACAUUAUACCUACGCGGUUUUAAACUUUUGAAUUUAAUAUAUGACAUAUUUGUAUAACUGAAUAUAUACUUACAUUACAUUUGAUAAAAAUUAAUAAACUUAUUUAUUGAAUAUUGAACUUAAUAUUAAGUAGACACGUAAAUAAUUAACUGACCUACUAUAUAGGUAUUUCUUUUAAAAUAAAUAUUAUAAGUAGAAUUGACAAAUGG